GAAGCCAUGUCUGCUAGGAACAGCUUCCCCAACAUCGCGAGUAUUGGCGACCUGGAGCCGCUCAUUGCUGCCAUUCCCGCCACGAAAGUUGAGCUGACCGUGUCGUGCAGAAACCUUUUAGAUCGAGAUACCUUCUCCAAAUCUGACCCAAUUUGUGUGUUGUACACUCAAACGGUGGCCAACAGGGAGUGGAGAGAGUUUGGGCGAACAGAGGUCAUUGAUAACACCUUAAACCCUGACUUUGUCCGAAAAUUCAUCCUUGACUACUUCUUCGAAGAACGGCAGAACCUACGCUUUGAUCUGUAUGACCUCGACUCAAAGAGUGAAAACCUCUCCAAACAUGACUUUUUGGGUCAAAUAUACUGUACUCUGGGAGAAGUGGUUGGCUCUCCUGGCAGUCGUAUGGAGAGACCACUCAUGGGCAUUCCUGGUAAAAACUGUGGGACCAUCAUUGUAAAAGCAGAGGAACUUGUAAAUUGUAGGGAGUCAGUAUUGCUGCAGUUUUGUGGAAACAACCUUGACAAGAAGGACUUCUUUGGCAAGUCAGAUCCAUUCCUUGUUUUUUCCCGCAGCAAUGAAGAUGGAACAUUCACUAUUUGUCAUAAGACUGAAGUGGUAAAGAACACUCUGGACCCAGUAUGGCAGGCCUUCAAAAUCCCAGUUAGAGCACUGUGUAACGGAGAUUAUGACAGAGCGAUAAAGAUUGAGGUGUUUGACUGGGACAGAGAUGGAGGGCACGACUACAUUGGAGAGUUCAAGACCAGCUACAGGGAACUGUCCAAAGGCCAGUCUCAGUUUACUGUAUGGGAGGUAUUAAAUAUGAAGAAAAAGAAGAAGAAGAAAAAAUACCACAAUUCAGGAACCGUUACACUGCUGUCGUGCCUCAUUGAUGUGGAGGUCACAUUUUUGGACUAUAUUAAAGGAGGCACUCAGAUUAAUUUCACAGUGGCAAUCGAUUUUACUGCAUCAAAUGGAAAUCCGUCUCAGCCUACCUCUCUUCACUACAUAAACCCAUACCAGCUUAACGCCUAUGCCAUGGCUUUGAGAGCCGUGGGCGAGAUCAUUCAAGACUAUGACACUGAUAAAAUGUUCCCUGCACUGGGGUUUGGAGCAAAGUUGCCUCCUGAUGGCAUGGUAUCACACGAAUUUGCCUUGAAUGGGAACCCAGAAAACCCAUAUUGUAGCGGUAUAGAGGGAGUAAUCCAGGCGUAUUACCAGAGUCUGAAGAGCGUGCGUCUCUACGGUCCCACGUAUUUCUCACCAGUUAUUAAUCAUGUAGCAAGGUAUGCAUCGUUAGUUAAGGAUGGCUCAGAGUACUUCAUUUUACUCAUCAUUUCUGAUGGAGUCAUCUCUGACAUGGCUCAGACCAAGGAAUCCAUUGUAAAUGCCUCCUGUCUUCCAAUGUCAAUAAUAAUAGUCGGAGUUGGAUCAGCUGAAUUUGAUGAAAUGGUUGAAUUGGACGGUGAUGAAGUGAGAAUUUCCUCAAGAGGAAGGUUUGCUGAGAGAGAUAUUGUACAGUUUGUUCCUUUUCGAGACUAUAUCAACCCCAGGGGAAACCACAUUCUCAGCAUGGCCCGUCUGGCUAAAGAUGUGCUGGCUGAAAUUCCAGAUCAGUUCCUGCACUACAUGAGAACCAGAGGCAUCAAACCGAGCCAGACAUCUGCUUAUAUUUCUAAACCACUUGCAGUACUGUCCCACCAUGCAGACUCACUACAGACACUGAUCUGA